UGGAAAAGCCUGUGUGAUGUUGCUGCUCCUGCUGCGGAGGAGGAGGAGGGGGGGGAUGCAGGAGACGCGGUGCAGCUGAAGGCGCCAGACGGUGGAGAGGAGGAGAGGAGCAGACGUAGACCACUACAACACAGAGAGAGAGAGAGGGAGAGAGGGAGAGAGGUGGAGGAAGAGAAGAAGGAGGGCAGGCAACCGACGAGCCGCGGGGAUUAGGUGACUGAACGCCGGCGACGGAGAGACCCCCCCCAUCAGGCUCCACACGAUCAACCAAAUCCUUGUGAUGGAUCUGCAUUCAGCUCCAAACAAGAAAGUGAGCAGGAUUCCAGUCAUGGCCAGACUCCUGCUCCUCCUGCUGCUGUGUGGCUGCCAGAACAGCCUGUGCUCAACCUCCUUGGAGGCUCAGAAGGAGGCGAGCUCCAACGACAACAGCACGGUGUUCACCAGGAUCCUGGACGGGCUCCUGGACGGUUACGACAACCGGCUCCGGCCCGGGCUCGGAGAGAACGUCACCGAGAUCAAGACCAAUAUUUUCGUCACCAGCUUCGGUCCGGUGUCCGACACGGAGAUGGAAUACACCAUCGACGUGUUCUUCCGUCAGAGCUGGAAGGACGAGCGCCUCUGCUUCAAGGGGCCGAUGGAGAGACUGCCACUCAACAACCUGCUCGCCAGCAACAUCUGGACCCCGGACACCUUCUUCCUGAACGGCAAGAAGUCCAUCGCCCACAACAUGACCACCCCCAACAAGCUGCUGAGGCUGAGGGACGACGGCACCUUGCUCUACACCAUGAGACUGACCAUAUCAGCAGAGUGCCCCAUGCAGCUGGAGGAUUUCCCCAUGGACGCACACGCCUGCCCUCUCAAGUUUGGCAGCUAUGCCUAUCCGGUGUCAGAGGUGGUCUACACGUGGACUGAGGGAGCGGCGAAGUCUGUGGUGGUGGCAGAGGACGGCUCCAGACUCAACCAGUACCAUCUGAUCGGGCAGACCGCCGGCACAGAGGACAUACACACGAGCAGAGGUCAGUACACCGUGAUGAUGGCCCACUUCUACCUGAAGAGGAAGAUUGGAUAUUUUGUCAUCCAGACGUACAUGCCCUGUUUCAUGACCGUGAUCCUGUCCCAGGUCUCAUUUUGGCUGAACCGUGAAUCGGUUCCUGCGAGGACCGUCUUUGGAGUGACCACGGUCCUGACCAUGACCACCCUCAGCAUCAGCGCCAGGAACUCGCUCCCCAAGGUGGCCUACGCCACGGCCAUGGACUGGUUCAUCGCCGUGUGCUACGCCUUCGUCUUCUCCGCCCUCAUCGAGUUCGCCACGGUGAACUACUUCACAAAGAGGAGCUGGGCCUGGGACGGCAAAAAGGCUCUGGAGGCUCAGCACCCCAAGAAACGAGAUCCCAUGGUGCUUUCCAAAAAGCCCAACAACGUCUGCUCGGCCGGCGUCAACUACACCCCCAACCUCACCAAGGACGUGUCCAUCUCCACCAUCUCCAACACGACGUCGGUGCAGCUCCGGACCUCCGAGACCAAGAUGGUGGACCCCAAGAAGACCUACAACAGCGUCAGCAAGAUCGACAAGAUGUCGCGGAUAGUGUUCCCCGUCCUGUUCGGAACCUUCAACCUGGUCUACUGGGCCACGUACCUCAACAGGGAACCAGUGGUGAAAGGAGUGGUCUCCUCCACGUAAUCGUUUUCCUUCUCGGAGACGGAGAAGUUUGUGCAGGGGAGGAAGUGAGAGUGGGGGGACUAACAGGAAAGGAGUUGCUUUAAGGUCUUUGCCCUAGACAAAAAAAUAAUCUGCUCUUGAAGAACAAACUAAUCAACUAUCCAUGUCAGGCUCUUUGAACUGGAUGCAAGGCUGCGACAGAAUCCUUGUCCUGUUAUUCGCGGCCUAAAAAAACAACCUGCUCGGUCACAAAGAAACUGCUUUCAGACCAGCUAGCAGGCGCUUUGCUUUAAUUCUCAUCUGUCCUGCUGCAGUUUGCAUGACGCUCUCCUGGAAAACAAGGAGAAACCAAGGACUCAUCUAUUUCUUGAAUGCCGAUGUACAUGUCAAAUCAUUGCUUCGGGGAUUUGGAGAAACUUUGCCUACAUUGAAACGCAUCAUAUUCUCACCACGGAGGCUCGAGAUGCAUCGAGCUCCUGCUGUGAAAAAGCUGCGAGAGCAUUAUGCAUCUGAAUUUGAAAACUGGACUCAGUUCCACUCCUGUGUGGAAGACACAUCUCUUGAGAUUAAUGCUGCAAGUGCAUUAAUAAUUUAAUUUUAUGUCGUCUUUCUAAAGAAGAAACUUUGCUUUCUUUUUUUUUUUGCUUCUAUUGCAGCGAGUGCUCGUGUGCCUCUUUGUACAUCGUUACUUGAAGAUUCAAAAGCUGACUGCUGCUCGCCUGGUUUCCCACAAGCAUUGAAGUCUGUAUGAGAAGAGAAGGUGGGAAAAGUAAUAUGUAUAUGGAAGAUUAUCAUUCCUAAUGAAGAAGCUCCUCUUCAUUCAUAGAGAAUUAAGAGCCAGCAUUUAGGUCAGAGGGACUUCUUGGCCCAGUUGCACUGGGUGACUGGGCGGCUGUGGAUGCUGGGAUCAGACACAUUUAGCACCGGAUACGUUCUGUAACCGAAUUUCAAGUCUGGGUCACUCAGCGAGGAAACUAAUAUUCACAGCUGAGAAGCCACUGCUCCGCGUUCAUCACAUACAAAUCAGCACAGCGGGUUCGGAGCUCAGAGAGGGAGCCAGGGUUCAAGCUGCUGUUUCAUCCAGGCGGCUGACGUGGGCCAGCUUCACUUAGAUAGACUUUGACCCAUUUAAGUAUGAGGGCCUCGUAAAGAACAUUAGAGAUUUGUAAAGUGAAGUCUGAACAUGAGGAGAAUAAGGCUGUAAGGACUUCUUCAGAUCACAGGCAUAGUCAAACACCAGGUGAACAUUUAAAGCAAGAAAGUUUCAGAGUGCAAUUCUCAAUAAAUAUUUUGGAUGGUCCGUCACAUGCGAACCAAUAUCAACAUUCUGCCAUUUGAAAUGUAAGCGUGAAAAGGUUUUGGGUAACUAGGCCGAGCAUCACAGGGGGAAUCAUGAAAAUAGACUUUUUAUUUUUCACCUUUUGCAUUUUAAGUCCUUAGAGAAGAAGAAAAAAAGCCUGAGUCAAAUACUGACUUUGAAUUUAUUCUGUGUUUUGUCUCUUAAUGCUUUUCCGUGAACACGUGUGAGACUCUUUUUCUCGUUGCUUCUGGAGCAUUCGACCGAACUUGGCUUUUAACAUUUUCAAUUGAAUCAGAUUUUCACGUGUUUAAUUCUACGUUGACUGGAUUAACCUGGAAGCGACGAGCGCACACACGCACACGCACACAUACACACACACACACACAGGGGCACCGCGUGGGCUGCACACAUCGGACUGUGGUGAGACACACUCAGGAACUAAAGGACUUUCAGCAGAAGAGUUGCCUCAGAGUCCCUGCGUCUUUAAUCACAUGGAUUUAGAGCAGUGACCCCGACACCUGCUGCUACAGGAGCUGCCCCCCCCCCCCCACACACACACACACAUCUGACACUGGGUGAAGAACCAUGUAAAUAAAGAUGAUUCAGCUGCUAUUGUACCUGCUUUGCUUUGAGUAACUAUAUUUAACGUAUCAGUUUAAGAACUCUUUCCAAAGCGUUUUUUUUUUUUGUUUAACUCCUGUGCCAUAAUAUCCUGUUGUGUUUCUGUGCUGGUUUGGUUUCGACAUUCCUAUAAAUCUGAAAAUGUUGCCGUGUUUUCAAAUGCUCCGUGGAUCCCUGGUGAAUCUUUGGAUGAUUUGUCGUGUCGGGGGGGCCAAGCUGCUCCAGUGCUGCUUCACUCAGCCUUAUUCUGAGUCAGGAUACCAAAGGAAAUUAAACUUCUACAAGCGAUUUUGGUCCCUGAUAAGUUAAAUGCUUAACUUUCCCCCCCACCAAGGCUGCUAAAAUGGGAAAAAGGAGCAAAAGGACAUUUUCAAAAAUGAAAUAUUCCCGUUUAAUCGUUUCACUGCAGGUCAGAUCUUCAUGGGGAAAUGAAUGCCCCUAUCCUUGCAUCCUUCCAUCCAUCCAUCCGUCCGUUUAACCAACCCUCCCUCCUCAUUUGCCAGCCAAGAAGCGCCUGCCCCUCCCUCCAUCCCCUCCGCCACUGCGACAGACUCAUCUGCCGUACAUCUGUUAGAAAAAGGGAUUUAGUGGCGCUUAAGUUGCUUUCACCCGUUCAGGGGGGCCCCCUUACAGCAAACUCCAAUUUAAGCCCCGACCGGCCCGGCCGAUGACAAACACUUGUUUUUCUCCACGCAGCGUCUGGACAGAUGUGGCUGGUGCACGUUGGGGACAAGUUUAGGAUUCAUUAUGUGUGCUUUAUCCCGAGCGGGCGCAUGGGCAGUGAGGCAGACUGAAGUUUAGAACCUAGGUCUCUGGACUAGGGAUUGUAUUACACAUGCGGCCGUCAGCUUCAGGAGAUCUUCAUUGUUUUGAGCCUCAGUAAAACACUCUUGUUUUGGAGGAGACCUUUGCCUUGAUAGGUGGGCCUUAAAAAAAAAAGUCUUACUUACAUUUAUUCUUUGUUUUUAUGUAUUGUAUUUGUUUUAUGUAAUAUACUUAAAUUGAUCAAAUAAAAAAAGGAUGAACAAAACUGGUAUCAAGGGAUUAUUCUUUUAUUUUUAAACACGGAGCCGAGCUGACGCUGUAUUCUGCAGAACUGUAAACUAUGAUGAUAAAUGUUAAUAUAAGGAGGAGGAACGCCAGCAUUUCUGGUAUCAAUGUAAUUCCCGAGUGAUAUUUAAGUGCUUUAUAAAAAUAGCUGGAUGUAUAAAUAAAGUCCGUAGGCUCCCAUUCCAGUGAUCACACAACUGGGUAGAGUCUUUUUUUGUCUAUUUUAGGGUUCUCAUGAAGACAGUUACUUUCUGCAGAAGUUAAACAAAACAGCUUCACAUGCCGGCUGUCUCUCUUUGUGUCACACGACAUUCAGAACAGAGGAAUUUCUAAUUUUAUAUUUAAGGUGCAAGACUGAAAUGAGAGAUUCCCUUAUCGAGCAGAACGUGAGACAUCUUGUCCUUCGUGAGACGGAGUUAAUGCCAACUCAUUUUCAAGGGUCAUUAGUUUUGACAGCAACAGUGGUGGAAUGUAACUAAUUUCAUUGACUCAAGUGUACUGCACUUAUGGGCACAAUAGAGGUACUUGUACUUUGUUUGGGGAGUUCCUACUUCCUACUUCUGCUUCAAUAUUGUACUCAUUGCUUCGCUAUACAUUUAUAAUGUGCGAUGCAUUUUUAAAUGUGAAACCAGGGCCCAAGACAGAACAUGUUGUUAAUUCAUUAAAAAUUUAGAUACCUGUAAUCUAAUGACCCCAAACGACUUGAGAACAUGAUGCGCUCUUUAGCCAAUGAGACGGCUUCCUCGUGAUUGUAAUGUGCAGCACAUGUGAUAUUCUGCUAUGAACUUGAUUUAUAAAUC